CCCCUUAUAAAUUAAAAACACUUUUUUUUAUAUUUAACACCAUCAUAAAUGCUGGAGGCAAAGCUGCGUUUGGGAUGGAUGUUGACAGCUCGCGAUCCCCCCACGUAAUCACCUCAUGACCCCCUAAGGGAUCCUGACCCCCAGUUUGAGAACCCAUGCUCUAAGAGCUGCCAGUCAAGGCUGGCCUUCAAACUUUCAUUUUGACUGUCAACACAAUCUGUAAUUAGUAGGUCAUGCUCCUGCAAAGUUAUAUGUGUUGGUUGCUGUGCAAGAACCUGAGCUACAACUGAAUAAACAAUAGUGCCAUGAUGUGAAUAAAAGGACGGUAGAUUAUUGUCUGCACUAUCAUUUCAUACCCUGAUUCUGUACAUUGAAGUAAAUGGAUUGAGUGGGUGAAGAGCAAUUUGAUAUUUUCAUGAUCUCCUGGAAUUUCUGAGCUGCCUACUGUAAACCAACGAAUGAAAAGCCCACUAUUGUGCUACUCUACGUCAUCUCGAAUAGCACUGCUACUGAUGGAGAUAAUCCGGACUUGGUAGUUCACUUGGAGGCAAAUUAUUCAGAAAAAUUAAUUUCCUUGGAUCUGGGUCGUUCUUACCAUGGACUUGUCAUCUGUUGAGCAAGAUGCCCUGUUGGAGAACAGAGCUAGCAGUGGGGCCUCUCACAGUUCAGAAGGACGUCUGGAUUAUAAGGCCAAAUCAGAUAUGCCAACCGAAGGAGCUGAAAUUAAUACAACUAGUAGUAAUGCCAACAAAGUGCCAAAUGAAGGAGAAAGUCUGGAGAUAAACAGCAAACAGGACACUUACCAGAAUGGACCAGAGGCACUCUAUCCUGACCUCCCUUUGUCUUUUGAACCAACCAGCAGUCCACAUGGUCAAGAGUCUCCAGGUGUGGCUGGUUUCCAUGACAACCUAAGGAAGUCUCAGGGAACUAGUGCUGAGGGAAUAGUUCUUAGAAAAGAAGCUUUGCAGUCACUCAAACUAAGUCUUCCCAUGCAAGAAACUGAAUUGUGUUCAGCAGAAUCUUCACUCCCAUUGGAGAAAGAGGAACAAAUCAGACUGCAGGCAAGAAGGCGUCUGGAAGAGCAGCUCAAACAGUACAGAGUAAAAAGGCACCAAGAAAGAUCCAGCUACUCUGCAUCCAAAACCCGGCCCUCUAGUACACUAGAUCCUGAGCUGAUGUUAAAUCCAGAAAUCUUGCCAAGGGCCAGCACUGUAGCUAUGACAAAAGAGUACUCUUUCUUGCGGACCAGUGUCCCAAGGGGGCCAAAACUGGGCAGCCUGGGACUUCCAGCUCCUUCAAAAGAGAAAAGAAGCUCCAAAUCUUCCAAGUCAAGUAAUAUCCGUUCCUUGGCUGAUUACAGAACUGAAAAUUCAGAUCCUGGAAAUGCUUCUAGGAAUUUUGAGACUUCUGAUGCAUCUGGUGGGUCUCUAAAGGAGAAUAGAAGUGGUCUGACUUCUGUUGUAUCUGAAAUGAGUCUCCGCUCUGAAACAGAUGACCGACUGGAGAAUUCCUCCAUAGCAGGAGACAGUGUUUCAGAGAUUGAUGGAAGCGAUUUAGGAACAAGGCUGGAUGGAAAUGAGAGUGACAGCUCUUCCUACAGCAGUGUGUCAGGAAGGGGGACAUAUAGCAUUUUACCGAAUGCAGAAGGCAAACAGGGCAUUUCAUUUACAGUAAAUGGCCAGGGGAUCCCUCCAGAUGGAGUGGGGCAAUUUCCUUCCAUCAGGGAAGUAUUGCAGGCUGCAGCAGCAGAGCAUCAUGCCCAGGACCAGGAAGUUAAUGGGGACGUGCGGAGUCGGAGAGACAGUAUUUCUAGCAGUGUGUCUGUGGAAAGCUCUAUCACAGGAACUCAUGAUGAAAUGUUGCAGGUCCUAAAAGAAAAGAUGAGACUUGAAGGACAGCUCGAAGCACUGUCAUUAGAAGCUAAUCAGGCACUUAAAGAGAAGACUGAGCUGCAAGCCCAGAUUGCAGCUUUGAACAUGAGACUUCAGGCUCAGAUGGAGCACAGCCAGAGCAGCCAACAGAAGCAGGAUUCUUUGAGCUCAGAAGUGGCUACCUUAAAGCAAUCUUGCUGGGAUCUGGAACGAGCUAUGGCUGACCUGCAGAACAUCUUGGAAGCCAAGAAUGCUAGCUUGGCUUCCUCAAAUAAUGACCUGCAACUGGCAGAGGAACAGUACCAAAGACUCAUGGGAAAAGUUGAAGAUAUGCAAAAAAAUGUUCUCAGCAAGGAUAACACAGUACACAGUCUACGACAGCAAAUGGCUUCUUUACAGAACCAGCUUCAGCAAGUGCAGUUAGAACGGACCACACUGGCCAAUAAGCUAAAAGAAUCUCAAGCAGAGAUCGCAUUGCUGCAAAAUGUGCGGCAGUGGUACCAGCAGCAAUUGGCAGUGGCACAGGAGGCACGUGUUAGACUACAGAGUGAGAUGGCCAAUAUACAGGCUGGGCAAAUGACCCAAGCAGGUAUGUUGGAGCACCUCAAACUAGAGAAUGUGUCAUUGUCUCAUCAGCUAACAGAGAUCCAGCACAGAUCCAUCAAAGAAAAGGAACGUAUUGCAGCACAGCUGCAAAAUAUUGAGGCCGACAUGUUAGAUCAAGAAGCUGCAUUUGUACAGAUCCAGGAGGCUAAAACCAUGGUGGAAGAUGACCUGCAGAGAAGGCUGGAGGAGUUUGAGGAUGAGAGAGAACAACUGCAGAAAAUGGCUGAUUCUGCAGCAACACUGGAACAAGAACUGGAACAGGUUAAAUUGACUCUGCAUCAGCGAGAUCUGCAGCUUGAAUCUUUACAGCAAGAGCAUCUAGUGCUCAUGAAGCAGCUCACCUUAACCCAAGAAUCAUUGCACACCAAAGAGCAGUCCCUUAAUGACCUACAAACUCAAUAUGAUGAGCUGGUGGCCAGGUUAGAGGAAUUCCAAGGUGAUGUUAUUUCCAAGGAUGACACAAUCCAAUAUUUGCAGAAUGAGAAGAUUGUCCUAGAGGUAGCUCUGCAGGCAGCAAAAGCAAGCAAAGAAGAACUUGAUGAAGGAGCAAACGUCUUAGGUGAAAGUACUGAGGCAGCAUCAGAAAUCUUGGCACAAUUGAGACAAGAAAUAGCUAUAAAGUCAAGCCAGGUGGAAAAUCUGCAACAGGAAAGUGCCAGCCUGAAGAAACAGACCCAAAAAGUAAAGGAGCAGUUCCUACAGCAAAAGGUAAUGGUGGAAGCUUAUCGAAGAGAUGCAAGUUCAAAAGACCAGCUGAUUAGUGAACUGAAAUCUACAAAGAAGCGGCUGGAUUCGGAAGUGAAAGAAUUAAAACGAGAGCUACUGAAACUUCAAGGUGAAAAGCAAUCCAUUGAUGCUGAACGCUCAAGACUUCAGAAGGAAGUAUCCCAGGUUCACCAGCAGAUGGUGGAGUUAGAAAGCCACCUCCAGUCAGUGCAAAAAGAACGAGAUGACAUGGAGAUACAGCUACAGUCUUUGCAGAUUGAUAAAGAACAAAUGACAUCUCUUGCUGAGGUGAAUGAGGUAUUAAAACUACAGGUAGAACAAAUGCAAGAGGAAGCCAAAAAGGCCAUCACUGAACAGAAACAAAAAAUGAAGCGUCUGGGGUCAGAUCUGACCAGUGCACAGAAAGAAAUGAAGGCAAAACACAAAGCCUAUGAGAAUGCAGUUGGCAUUCUUAGCCGCCGGCUGCAGGAAGCCCUCACUGCAAAGGAAUCUUCUGAAUUGGAGCUGAGCAAACUAAAAGCACAAAUCGCUGAUGGAGGAAAUAACCAGGCUUCCCAUGAAAGGAUUCAAGCUUUGGAGACAGAGUUGCAGGCUGUUAGCCACAGUAAGAUGAUGUUGGAGAAAGAGCUUCAAGAAGUAAUUUCACUCACCAGCCAGGAGCUUGAGGAGUACAGGGAAAAAGUGAUUGAACUUGAGGAUGAGCUUCAGGAAUCUAGAGGUUUCAGGAGGAAGAUAAAACGUUUAGAAGACAUAAACAAGAAGUUGGCCCUCGAACUGGAACAUGAACGAGGGAAGCUCACUGGUCUUGGUCAGUCUAACACUGCUUUGCGGGAGCACAACAACAUCCUUGAAACAGCACUAGCAAAGAGAGAGGCAGACCUGGUACAGCUGAAUCUCCAGGUUCAAGCAGUCCUAAAGCGUAAAGAGGAGGAGGAUCAGCAAAUGAAACAACUUAUUCAAGCCUUACAGACUGCCUUAGAAAGAGAAAAGUCAAAAGUUAAUAACCUUAAAGAGCAGGUUGCAGCAGCCAAAGUAGAUGCAGCACAUAACCGUCGUCAUUAUAGAGCUGCUGUUCUUGAGCUGAGUGAAAUUAAGAAAGAGCUACAAGCCAAAGAACUGCUUGUCCAAGCCCUUCAGGCUGAAGCAGACAAACUACAGGUUCAGGAUGGAAAACAUUCUCAAGAAGUAUCACAGUUCCAGCAAGAGUUGGCAGAAGCCCUGUCUCAACUCCAGCUUCUACAGAAACAGCUGGAUGACCAACUUAGCAAACAGCCUGUUGAAAACCAGGAGGUUGAAGACCUCAAAUGGGAGGUGGAGCAGAAGGAGAGAGAAAUCCAAACACUGAAGCAGCAGUUGGAUAUGACUGAGCAACGCAGUCAAAAGGAGUUAGAAGGAAUACAAGUAGUAUUACAGAAUAUCAAGACUGAGUUGGAGAUGGUGCGGGAAGAUCUGUCAAUGACUCAGAAGGACAAGUUCAUGCUUCAGGCUAAAGUAACUGAAUUGAAGAACAGCAUGAAGACGCUGCUGCAGCAGAACCAGCAGCUCAAGACUGAUCUGAAGCAGGGCAAGAUGAAGAAGAAGAAGGAACUGAAGGGAGAGACUAAUUCUUCAAAUCCUGUGACUCCAGUGAAGAUUCCUGACUGUCCAGUCCCUGCUGCGCUGCUAGAAGAGCUAUUGAAACCACCAACAGCUGUGAGCAAGGAGCCUUUAAAAAACCUGAACAGCUGUCUCCGCCAACUAAAGCAAGAAAUGGACAGCCUUCAGCGUCAGAUGGAGGAACACACCAUAACAGUACAUGAAUCAAUGUCUUCGUGGACUCAGAUCGAAGGGCAAUUAAUGGACCUAACUUCUACCUGUCCUGCAACAGCAUCAGGCGAGCAAGAAAUUCCUGCUGUGGACAUAAAAGAACAGAAUCACAAUGCUGGUGACAAAGAAGCGUUGAAACAAUGACCGUUGUUUUUCAUCACAACUGCUUUAAGUGUGUACAGGAAUCUUUAUCAUUAUUUAUUUCAGUGGAUUUCUUUGUUAAAGGCAAAAGCAGAGCAAAUGAAUGGUUUCAAGGAAUCAGCAAAGUAGUGAAAUCCAUGUUGGGGACAGGGGAUAAAUUUGGUCCAUUUAUGAGUCUAGGCAGAAUUUCAGAAGAAGGAUUAAAAAAAUCUGAAUUAUUACUAGAGAGAGAUUCUGGGUCUGGAUUUGUUUAAUUUAGUUAAGGGAUUACAGUAAUCUUGCAACAUCAGAUUAUCUCUAAUUUUUCACCAUCUUGGGCUGCAUCCAAAUCGUAUCUGGAAAAGUAAGUCUUUUUCCAGUUCCAACCAGAGGCACUGGGUCAGGCUUGGCAAUCUGAAUCCAAAACCUCCACCCUCUUGAAUUCAGGCUGUUGGUGUCCGGAUUUCAGAUUUUGGUUCAAGCCGGCCUCUAGUUAUGACAAGCAUCAUUGCCCUAUAUUAAAAGAAAUGGACUAUAAAAAGUUGGUCAGUGUAGACCAGUAACUUUCUUUGGCAAUGUUUGCCCAGGACAUUGUCUGGAGUGCCUGAUUUUCCCUCUUGCAUUCUCAGGCCAGUGGGGAGCUUUGUUUCACUGCACAAAUGCUUUUUUUGCACCUUUUUAUUUAAUUUCUGAAGUAGACAUCCCCAGUACAGGGUAUGUAUAUAAAUAAUAAUCUGACCUGGAGUGUCUGUUUUAGUUUGAGUAUACAGUAAAUUAAGAUUGACAAGGGUGUUUUUGUUACUGUCAUUGUUUAAUGUAUGACCUUUAAGUUUGCUGUUGGAAAACAUUGUACAUAGUCCUUACAGAAACUAGCCCAAAAAACCAGAGAUUUUAGAAAUGUAACUAUUUUAUUUGUAUCUUAAAGACAAAAUGAUAUGCCUAUAAAAUUAUUUUUGUUUUCAUUAGCUUUAACUUUUUUCAUCCUGCUCCCAAGUGCACAUUGUUUAUGAAUGGGAGCAUUGGCACUACUGCAGCCCUCCUUGCAGAUGCACCCUGCUUGAUCUAAUACAAGAUGACUGAAGCAAUUGCCUUAGAAUCACGUCUCCUUUGAUCACAUCCCUAUCCUGUUGACAGUGCACGGAUAGGUCAUCCCUUCCUCCUCAUUCCUCUGGAAGUAACACCAAUGCUUUGUUUUGCCUGCUCUACAGUCUGAAUCACACUUUGCACAUGAUAAACUUACAUCUAGAGGAAUCAGCGGAUGCUCACAUACAUACAUGUACUUUUUUUUUUUCCUUGAAAGAUACAGAAGAUAGGGACAGUUACAUGCUCUGUAGUUUGGAUUUUUUUGACCAAUCAAUACAAGUAGAUUAAAUUACGGAAAAAAAUGAGGUUCUUGUGAGAUAAGGAUUGUUUGGUACUUAGAUUUUGCAUAUACUGAGACGUGUUAUCAUCCUUAUCUCUGUUCUGCAGAUGGUCAAAAUCCAUCUUUUUCUAGAAAGGCAGUUCUCUUUCCUUUGAGAGGGAUGCUUUUUUAAAAAAUAUUAAAAAAAAAAAAAAAAAAAAAAAAAAAAAAAAAAGUUAAAACAAACCAAUUUACUUUUUAUCUAAAAAUUUAGUUCUCUAAACCUCUUUUACUCAAUCCUGCUGAACAGUUUGUACUACAACAGUGUCUAAACUGACUGACUGUGAAACUCCAGUAUUGGAUUCUCUCUUAGCUUUUUGCUAAAAUAAAAUAAAAUAUGAAGGACUGAUAUUAAAGAUAAAAGUCAAGGAUUUCGGGUUUGAGAGGGAAUGAGUGGUUUAAUGUGGCAUUAGUUGCCAACCAUGUAGGAUUACUGAACGGUUUUAAAAAAAGCCAAAAACUUUACUGACUCGCCCAGAUGUGCUAAUGUUUCUAUACUACUUAAGUCUUUUAUUUUACAGAGUAAAUGGUACUGACUAAUUUUGCUGCUGUUCAUGUCCUUUAAGAUGCCUGUAUAUUGUGCCCUAGGAAGAAAAAAAUAAAAAUACUGUAUUGUUAAUUGAUCAAGUUAAAACUACAUAAUGACUAAUAUAUUCAGUGCAAAAAUGUAUCAGAUGUUCAGGUUUUUAAGUAAAAUACCAUUUGUGCAGGGUUAAUAUUACUUUUCUGUGUGACAAAAUGCAUUAUCUACAGGUUAAGAAUCCAUUGUUUUAAUUUGUAAGUUUGGCAACAUUUGUACAGCCAAAGCAUUUAUCUGAGAUUUGUAUUGUACUAGUUAUCAUAAUGUACCCUUUUUCAGGGCAAUGCUGCAUCUUUCUUAUGACUGUUUUAAAAGACAGUGUAUAUUAAUACAACAAAGUAGCCUUAAGUGUAUAGUUUUCCUCUUAAGAAAAGAGAUAAUUAUGUUAAGUUGUGAGAUACAUUAUCAGGGCCAUCCCUAUGGAGGUGCGGGGCCUAGGGCGGAAGUUAUGAAUCUGUCUCUUCCAGGACUGACCCAUCACUUCCAGGACCAACCACGCCGGCCAGUCACACAGGCCUGCAGGGCCUGGAGUGGUCACCCCGAUUCACUGUACCAAGGGAUGGCUCUGUAAAAUUGUUAUGUGAAAAUUGAUUUCUCCUUUUCUCAAACAACCUGUCUCUGAGGGUACCCAGUUCCUUUUUUAGACCUUUAAGAUAUCACACUUCUUGUUCCUUUAACUUAUAUUCACCACCCUUUACAAAACAAAAACAAAACCCAUCCUCGGGACCGAAAAGGGGUGGAUGACACUUGAGGGUGCUAAACCCUAUGAAGUGCUGAGGACAUCCUACUCCUAGUGAAGUCAGCAGGAGUUGAGGGAAUUCAGCAUGUCCUGGGAGAUGCUCAGCACAUUACAGGGCCAGGCCUUCAUUUUAGAAUCCUUCAACCUUAUUCCUUAAUUCAGAGAGGUGGUGAUUUGUUUUUUAAAAGGUUCUCCCUUCCGCCCUGGGGUUCAGCAUAAUGUCUCCACAGCAGUCUUAGACCUCUUGUUUCUCAGGCCUGUAAAACUAGGAGUGGGAAUAAAAACACUGGUCCCUCCUGCAUGUAUAAGAGCACUGACAAAUAAUUAAGAAGCAAAUCGGUGCCUCAUUAGCAUUGGUGUGCUUUUAGAAACUAAAGGAAUAAUCUCAAAGGGAUCUAUUUUUGCUGUGGUUUUGCACUGCAAUGGAAUGUAAUUUCUAUGUAUAUUUCCUCACUCCUAGUAGUUGCUAUUUCCCCAGCCAAGUUUUAAUGAUGAAAGAGAAAUAAAUGUUGCUGUAUUGUAAAAAAUUUACUAAGUAAUAAAGUGGUAAAGGCUGCAGCAUUAUUUUUCAAAACCAUGUAUUGUUUUUGUUUUUUUUUAAGAAACUUUCCCAGUUGUCUGUUUAAACCUAUGUUGGGAGGAAGCUUUUAUAGUUAGUCUCUGGUAUUGUAUUUUGCAUGAAGUUUAAUUCCAUUGUCUUCCAGGUUACUUGGAAACUUUUGUGUACCACCUUAGGUGGUCAACUCAGUCCUUCCUCUUCUUGUGAAAAGAGUCUGAUCCCAUACUCUUCACUCAGGCAAUACCCCUAUUGAAAUCUGUGGGAGUUUCAUGUGUGUAAGGAGUAUAGUAUAGUGACCAGAAUGGAAAUUCUAUCUAGGGUAUAUACAUUCAUGUAUUGUAUAUUCCUUCUCAUAUAAGUGAAAUUCAGUGUUGUGAGGGUUUAACAGCAAUUGAGAUAUCCCACAGGGUGCAUUGAUGGUGAUUAAUCUGGUCAAUAUAAAUUUGAUUCAAAGAUGGCAAAUUUGCUAUUGGUUUAAUAGAUGCACAAACUGGUGAUCUAUGUUUAUUUUAAUUUUGGGAGUGAGGUGUGAAUUCUUGCAUGUCAUACUCCCAGUGACCAGAAGCCUUUUUUAUGGGUACAGUGUUUUCAUUAUGAAAGCAGUGACAGCCCAGAGUAACCAUUAAUGCUAGCCAGAUGGGAUAUGAUGGGAGGGAAACAUUCUAAAUAUUGUAAAAGAAAUGCUGUCAUGUUUUAUAUGAGAUUUUUUUCAGUCAUCUGCUGUCUAAUUCAAUUGUAUUUAUAAAAGCAUUUGUCAUUUCAAAAAGUUUGAGUGGAUAACCGAGGGGAGGGAGGAGUUAUACUAUGUACAACUAAUAAUUAUGACCUUACAAAGCAUGUAAUUAAAAAAAAAAUUAAGGUGUGCAUAGGAAAUCCUUAAAAGUUUUGUGCAAUAAACUAUUUUUGGUAAAGGGUUUCAUGUUUUUACUUUAAUAGUGAAAUUAGUACACUUUUUUGCAGUAAACUUUUCUACAUAUAAAAUUCUAAAGAUGCUGUACAGAAACCUUUUAAAAAGAUCUGUUUUAUUUUGAAGAAAAAUUUUAUUGUAUAUUACUUUACAAUCAAUAGUUUAAAUGUUUCAAGAAUCACUGUAAUUGUUUCCAUUGUAUUUAAUUUAUUGAGAGUGUGCUGAACACGUCAGGAAUGAUGAAAGAUAAGUGGGGUGCCUCUCUCUUGGCUGGAUUUUGCUGACAUUUGAAGUCAAAUGUACAAAACAGAACAGUGGGGAAAUAUCAUGAUUUUUAUUUAAAUACAGACAUUUGAAAUGAAAAGAAACUAAUAAAUGAGUGUAACUUGCUUUCAGCAUUAAACAGUGUAAGUUAAAGG